CACGAAGAACAACCUGGCUGCCAUCCUGGUUACCGUCUUGACUGUCAUGAUUUAAAAACAAAAACAAGAUGAAAAACAUGAUGAAAAUCUUGCAUUGAGCGUCCGUCUGCGAAAAUCAGAUUCAUCUUAAGAAAAUUAAAAAAAAUUCAUAGUUAAAGUUAGGCCUGGCAUAAAAAAAUAAAGUUUUUAGGUAUUGAUGGCGUUCAACAACAGUUCAUUGGGAGCAGUUCUAAACACCACUAACAACAUCAUUGUACAGAGCGAUAUAGAAGAGCCUAUUCAUCCAGAUGAUGCUACAUGGAUUUUGACAAGUGCAUUUAUCAUCUUCACAAUGCAAUCUGGAUUUGGACUUCUGGAGGCUGGGAUGGUAUCAAAAAAGAACGAGACCAAUGUAAUGGCCAAAAAUGUCAUUGAUGUUGUUUAUGGUGGGCUGUCGUAUUGGCUGUUUGGUUUCGCGUUUAGUUUUGGGCAAAUUAAUAGCAACUCUUUCUGUGGUCUUGGUUACUUUAUGAUGGACGCUGAUGAUGACGAAAUGAGUCUUUUCGCUAAGUAUUUCUUUCAGUUGUCUUUUGCAACUACAGCCACUACGAUAGUAUCAGGUGCAAUGGCUGAGCGGGUUUCUUUGAAGGCGUACAUGGUGUAUUCGUUUAUAAACACCAUAUGUUACUGCUUUCCUGCUCACUGGUUAUGGGCAAAAGAUGGAUGGCUAGCCAAGAUGGGUGCCAUUGACAUUGCUGGCUGCGGACCUGUGCACUUGGUAGGAGGAGUAAGUGGUUUAGUAGCCACAAUGAUGUUAAAACCUCGAAUUGGUCGAUUCGACUCGGAAAAAGAAGAGGGGUCAGGGCAUUUGCGUAUGGCUUCACCUUCCAACGUAUUGCUGGGUACCUUCAUGUUGUGGUGGGGAUGGCUUGGAUUCAACUGUGGCAGCACAUUUGGUAUAACUGGAGGGAAAUGGAAACUUGCUUCAAGGGCUGCAGUAGUUACCAUAAACGGUUCAAUUGGAGGCGGUAUCUUUUCCACAUUGUACAGCUAUGCCUUGUUUGGCAACAAGCUCCUGAUUGACGUGUUUAUCACUGGAAUUUUAGGUGGUCUGGUUGGAAUAACGGGUAUUUGCGCUAUCGUACGUCCUGGGGAGAGUUUCAUAAUUGGUUUCAUAGGCGGUGCUGUGGCGUGUCUCGGAUUAUCUUUGAUGAACAAACUAAAGAUUGAUGAUCCCGUGGGCUGUAUCCCUACUCAUGGUUUUGCAGGAAUCUGGGGAUUGUUGUCGGUGGCGCUGUUUUCAGAAGUAGACAACCUUGAAAAGUUAUCCACAGAGUUUGGCGUAUUAAAAGGAGGAAGGUGGAGGCUACUGGGUGUGCAGUUUUUAUCGACAGCGGUAAUCAUAGUUUGGACAGGCUUGACGAGUUUCAUUCUGCUGUUCGUAAUCGACAAGAUAAUUGGUCUAAGGGUGCCGCUGUGCAGAGAACUUGAAGGUGCUGAUAAAUGGGAACACGGAAUUAUGCCAAAGAUUCAGUCAAGUAUUGAUGAUGCACCCGAGGAGAGUCAGAUUAACACACCCAACUGAUGAGAAUGACACGAACAAUAUAUCUAUUGAGGUUAUUAUUGCCCGUUUAACAAAAAGAGAGAAGAAAAGAUGUUAAUGUGCUGAGCAUGAUAUUUAAAAGCCAUGUAAAUAUUCAGAAUGCGUCGCGUGGGGUUGCUGGUAGAUAUGUAAAGUAUUUCGCAUAUUCCUACUUUAAUAAAACGAUUCAUGUUUCUGUA